UCGUAUCGAAGAUUCCAAUGUUCGGAACUCGAAACGAAUCCCGCCCAGUUCUGCUCUGUAAAUCUCGUCCCGAGAUCCCUUUCCUCCCCUGCCAAGAAAACUGAAAACAUACUCGCCAGUCGCCACCGCAGUAUAGCCAGAGGUCCAGUAUUAGAAACAAGAGACGUGUUGUUUUCAGCAUUCCCUUUUUGUCUUUACAUGACUUUUAUUGAUUGGAUAUUGAUUUUGAGAGGUGGUCCGUUAAUGGGUUUUUGGAUUUGAAGAAACAGAGGAAACUUUGACGUGGAUAUCGAAGAGUCGUUCAAUCCAAAUGUGACUUGAGGCGGGCAGAGGCAUUGGGUUGCAGAGGAUUCACAGCUCACGAGAUGUUUUGUUGAGAAAUUUACGGUUUGGAUCAUCAUCAUCACCAUUAUCAUCAUUCAUCGCUUACUUUCUUAUCCUAACUAUAUGGGUCGGCUACAUGGAUCCUGUUUCGCCAAUCCGUUCUAUUUAAUCUCAUUUUCGAAUUCAUGGAGCCAUGCAUGAUAUGGGUUUUUUGAGAAGAUUUAUAUUAGAUGAGGGUUUUGGAGUUGCAGAGAUUUUGUUAUUCUUGAAAUGAUCUUUCCGCAGUGAGAAGAUUUUACAGUUGGCGAGAAAUUGAAGGUGGCGAUUUGGGUUUUGUAAUGCAUGCGAUUGAUGGCCUUGGUAUUCAUUUUUCAGAGAUUUGAUUGGUUCUAAGAUUUGUUUUCUGGUUGUCUUUUUUCCUGAGUUGAGUUAUAGGCAAUUCUUUGAUUAGGGAUUAGAGGUACCUGAGAAUAAACCAAUCGUCACAGAAGGUUCAUACUUAGUAGAGAAUUUAAUUUGCAAAGUGGGGUUUGGCACUGGACAUACCUUUUUUUAUUAAUCUGAGUGAGAAAUUAUUCUUUUAGUACUUGUCUGAAUAUGUCGGGCGGAACACCAGUUUCAGGUGGAUUAAUGAGACAGAGAUACAGUCAGGGAUAUGCUUCCAGUGGGGAUGACCUCGAGGAUGACGCAUGUUCAAGAACACCACCUCCAACGCCUCUACUACCAAGGGCUCGGACGUGGGUUAAUGUCAUGGAGAAUGUUCUUUGGAUCGCUUCUGCAACUUUCAUUGUUUACUUUGGUGAUCGGCAAUCUAAUCUCAUAUACUUGCUGUGGAGAGAUGAUCGAAUCAGGAGGAUGCCUUUGUACCUUGGGAUGGCAUGUUUUUUCUUGAAUGUUGGGAUUUUCUUUUAUACAAGUUUUGUAGCAUGGGGUAUCUGGAAAUCUGAUGAGAAAUGGGAAGUGGUAACGCCAUCAGCUGCUCCAGCUGUUGCUUUACUUGGACUCUUCUCCUUUUGCUUGUUGUCUUUUGCUUUAUGGCCAAUUUGGAGUUUCUUGACCCUCCCUCUUUUGUUUACAUUGUUUAUGUCUUGCAUAGUUGUAUCACCCUACUUGACAAUUGGGGCAUUCAGGCAACAAACUGAUGUGCUUCGUACAGAUUAAGUUUCUUCAAGCAUAAGUUCAGAUCAUCUGAUGGUAUCGAGGAGGUUAUCUCAAUUAUAUGGAUAGGGUGGUGAUAACAUUCCAUGGUGAAAGAAUUAUUCUCUAUGUUGGUGCCUAUCUUGCCAGCGAUGAUGGGAGCGACAAAGAAGUUGAUUAUCUUUUCAGUGGUUUGUUUAGAUCUGAACUUUUCACCCAAACAGAACUGUCACAACCUUGCCGCUAAAUAGGUCUGAAGGUAUGCCAUCGGGUAGGUUCCAUAAAUGAUAUUCAAGAGUGAUGAGGUGAAACCAACUUUUUUAUGGGAAUUGGGGAGAUGGUCUAGUCAUGUAUGCAUAUGGUGGUUUUUUAAAUGAAUUCUUUUGCUCCAUACCCCAUCCUCAUCAUCUGGUACAGUGUCCUCACCUUUGCUCAAUUGUUGGAUAAAUCUUGAGGAACCCUAUGGUUAUGGAAUGAAUUGCAUCUUUUGUCUGGUUAUGUAGUCAAGAUCAGCAUUAUUGCUUUCUUCUUUC